GUGAGCCGUCACGUCUGCACGCGAUUGCCUCACACCGUCGAGCGGGACCAGGGACUAGCAGUAAACAGAGGAGGAGGGGAAAAGGAAAAAAGAGAGAUGUUAGUCCAACACUGGGCUCCUUCACGUCACAGUCACAGUUCACAGUUUGUCAUCAGAUAUCAGAAAUCUGUCCCUCUGUGAUCAGGGAACAAUGGGGCUCAGUAGAUUAUCACAGCAGUGGGUUGGACUCAUCAGACCGAGCAGGCUGCUGCUUCGGUUCCGGCGCUGCAGGGAGGAUUUUAAUGAAACUGCAGCACAACGGCUCCAUCAUGGGUGUGAAGAUGCUUCAGUGUUUCCCGUUCUACAGACGCUGUAAAGAGCGCUGCAAGAACAGGCAGUGCCCCCCCGCCACAGUUCCCAUCGAGGAGAUGAAGCCCCGCCUGUCCUCGACCACAUCCUGCGGCAGCGACAGCGAAGGAGCGGGGGGGCUCAGUCGAGGGUCACAGAUCUACUUCUCCACCAAGGCCCGGCUGUCGUUCAGACACCAGCUCGACAGCAACAUCAACGCAGUGGACGCCACCUACUGAAAGGAGGACAAGGGACUGGGGACGGGACACAAUUCACAUUUUUGGACCCGUCGGUCUUUGCUGCCAACAAACAACUCUGGAGGAUUCAUUAGAUCCAAAAAGGGGACAAGUGAAAACACACUGAAAUAGACUUAGUUUCCCAGUUCUAGUGCUUUCAGACGUUAGAAUACUUCACGGAGCGAAUCCACUGGACAGGUUACUGAUGAACCGAGGACAACAGAGACUUGUUUACAGCGUUCAACACCAACAAGUGCAUUAUUCUAGUUCUUUUCUUGGGAGGGUGGGUGGGGGAAGUUUUUGUUUUUUCUACCGUGCUGUUUUAAUUUCUAUUUUUAGCAACCUAUGUGGGGAAAAUGCAGUAUUUUAUUUUCCAAAGUGCAGAUGACAUCAUGGCCCAUUGUGGGCGUUUCAUAAAGCAGGAUGAGGCAGAGUAUGGAUAUUAAUAUCUCAGUUUAAAUCUUGAAUUAAUCAUAUUUCUAAACCUAAUGUUGACAUUUCUCCUAACCUGCAUUGAUUUAACUUUCUAAUCCUGCCCUUUGACACAAAAACCUGCUUUUUAUUCUUAUUUUUCAAAAGGAAUUAACCCUUAAUAUAGAAUAAAUGUACUGGUGUCAUGUUGACAUGUAUUAUAUUUCAGAUUUGAGGAUAUUCGACAGCUGCCUCUAGUUACUUCCUCGUUGUAAAAUACAUUUCGUAAACUGAGCUGCACAGCUAUUAAAGUUCUCGUGGGUAUUUUGUAAUUCACACUUGG